AUGAUGUUAGUGUUAUGUCCAGCCAAUUAAAUACAUAUAUGGAAACAUUAUAUAUAUAUAUAUAUAUAUAAAUACUCAUCCUUCUUCACACCUUUCGAGUUUGGGUUUUUCAGGGGUUUGGAAGAGAAACUUUUUAUAAUGGACGUAGUAGGACAGGUAGCAUUCCUUUUGGACAUAAUUUUGCAGUUUUUCCUGGCUUACAGAGAUGGUCAGACAUAUCGAAUGGUCUAUAAGCGAACUCCUAUUGCUCUCAGGUACUUGAAAUCUAAUUUUAUCAUUGAUCUGCUUGGUUGUAUGCCUUGGGAUAACAUCUACAAGGUUUGUGGGAGAAGAGAGGAAGUGAGGUAUCUCCUAUGGAUAAGGUUAAGUCGGGUGCGCAAAGUCACUAAGUUCUUUAAAGACCUAGAGAAGGAUAUUCGUAUCAAUUAUAAUUUUACCAGGGUUAUAAAGCUUCUUGUUGUUGAACUCUAUUGCACGCAUACAGCAGCCUGCAUCUUUUACUAUUUGGCUACCACCUUGCCUGCUUCACAAGAGGGGUACACAUGGAUUGGAAGUUUGAAGUUAGGUGACUAUAGUUAUUCAAACUUCAGGGAUAUCGACUUAUGGAAGCGCUAUACAACUUCUAUGUAUUUUGCCAUUGUAACCAUGGCCACUGUUGGUAAGUUACUUUUUAAAUAUCUUUUUAAUGAAUACAACCGCAUUUUGCUUAUCAUUUCAAUUCCUGCUUCAAUUCGCGCCAAGAUUUCACACACUUUAUAUUUCCCGUACAUUGAAAGUGUUCCUCUCUUCAAGGGAUGCUCGGCAGAAUUCAUCAAUCAGAUUGUUAUUAAACUCCAUGAGGAAUUUUUUCUCCCUGGAGAAGUGAUAAUGGAACCUGGAAACGUGGUAGAUCAACUUUAUUUCGUCUGUCAUGGUUUGCUGGAGGUGGUAGGCAUCGUGGAAGAUGGAACAGAAGAAACUGUUUCACAAUUGGAACCUAACAGCUCAUUUGGAGAAAUCUCCAUUCUUUGCAACAUUCCCCAACUUUAUACAGUUAGGGUGCGUGAGUUAUGUAGGCUUCUGCGACUAGAUAAACAAUCUUUCACAAGCAUCCUUGACAUAUAUUUUUAUGAUGGGAGGAAAAUCUUGAACAACCUUCUAGAGGGUGCACCUCGCAUCAAACAACUAGAAUCAGACAUUUCAUUUCACAUUGGAAAGCAAGAAGCUGAACUUGCUUUGAAGGUCAAUAGUGCGGCUUAUCAUGGAGAUCUGUUCCAGCUAAAAGGUUUGAUCCGUGCUGGAGCUGAUCCCAACAAGACAGAUUAUGAUGGAAGGUCACCAUUGCAUCUUGCUGCAUUAAGGGGACAUGAAGAUAUUGCACUUUUCCUUAUUCAGGAAGGCGUAGAUAUCAACAUCAAAGACACUUUUGGGAACACACCCUUACUUGAAGCCAUAAAAAACGGCAACGAUCGAGUUUCUUCUUUACUUAUUAAAGAAGGGGCCUCCUUGAAGAUGGACAAUGCUGGUAGUUUUAUAUGUACAGCCAUUACCAAGGGGGACUCAGAUUUCAUUAAAAGGUUAUUGUCAAAUGGCAUUGACCCGAACUCCAAAGAUUAUGAUCACCGGACCCCACUUCAUGUAGCUGCCUCGGAGGGAUUAUAUAUGAUGGCAAAGUUGCUGUUAGAAGCUGGGGCUAGCGUUUUCUCAAAGGACAGAUGGGGAAAUACCCCACUAGAUGAAGGUCAGAUGUGUGGGAACAAGAAUUUGAUUAAACUGCUAGAAGAAGCAACGGCUACUCAGUUGACAGAAUCUCCUUACCGUGCUCAAGAACUCGCAGAUAAACUGCACCCAAAGAAAUGCACUGUGUUUCCUUUCCAUCCAUGGGAAGACAAGCUUUCAAUCUCCGGAGAAAACAUGAAGAAAGGUGAGGAUCAAAAUUCUGUUGUUGCUUCUGAUCCAAGUAAUGUAACGGCCCAGAUGCAUUUCCGGCAACUUCAACACAUAAGAACAGCUUGA